AUGAAAUCAGUCGUGAUUGUUUCACUCGUGAUGUGUUUGAUUUUUGUCCAGACUGUGUAUUCACACAAUCACAAGUCACUUCUCAAGAGGGACACAUCAGAGACUAAUCCAUGGUUGGAGGUCUCACAAACAGGUGGGAAAAUAUAUCAGAAGAUAUAUGAGAAAGUGUAUGCUUAUUUUAAAGAAGAUGAAUUGGGAAACAAAAUUGGAGUUGCCGUUUCAAUUUGUGAGUGA